UCUUCUUCAUUUCUUUUUUUUUUUUUCCUUUUUUUUUUAUUUGUAUAGUUGAUUUAUUCUUCGAAAUUUCGAGGAAAGAUUAUAUCUUUGCUGUUGUGGAGAUCUGGGACCUUCUUCAUCUCCUUUGUCCCAUGAGGAUUCGUUUUCCUUCAGAUGCUUGUAAAGAACCACUGUUAAGCUCCAUCAAUCCUCAGGCAUGGCUCCAAGUUGAAAGAGGAAAGCUCUCUAAACUCUCACCUCAGUCUCCAUCUUCAAUUGAUACCCUUGUCAAGGUCCCGGAUCCCCCGAUUCUCCCACUCUACAAACCCGUCGAUUAUGUUAAAGUCUUGGCCCAAAUUCACGAAGAGCUCGAGUCAUGCCCCCCUUCCGAAAAAUCGAGCCUUUACUUGUUACAAUAUCACGUCUUCAAAGGCCUUCGCGAGUCCAAGCUGAUGAGGAGGAGCCUCCACUCAGCCUAUCUCAACUCGAGCACUGUCUACGAAAAGCUCAUCUUCGGGGCGUGGCUAAAAUACGAGAAGAAGCAAGGAGAAGAAAUCAUAUCCGAAUUGCUUUCCUCCUGCGGCAAAUGCAAAAACGAGUUUGGUUCGAUAGAUAUCGCCUCCGAAUUUCCUAAGAGGGAACAGCAACAACCCCAAACCUCCAAGAACUCGACAAAUCCCAUCCUUGCCCCUCGUCUCGUUUCGUUCCAAAUCGGGGACGAGAAGGUAAUUUGCGAAAGGCGGGCAAUAGCCGAGCUCUCGCUUCCAUUUCACGCCAUGCUCAACGGGUGUUUCACAGAAUCUUUCAAAAACGUCAUCGAUCUCUCGGAAAACAACAUAUCUCCUUUAGGAAUGAGAGCGAUAAACGAUUACUGCAUAACGGGAGGAGUCUUGAGCGAUGAUGUCCCACAUCGUCUUUUAUUAGAGAUAUUAGUCUUCGCAAACAGGUUCUGCUGUGAAGGCCUGAAAGAUGCCUGUGACAAGAAACUCGCUUCCUUAGUUUCCUCCAGCCCAGACGCAAUCGAGCUCGUGGAAUUCUCACUCGAUCAUAAUUCCCCAGUAUUAGCUGCCUCGUGCCUGCAAGCUUUCCUCCUCGAACUCCCCACAUUGCUGGAAGACGAGCGUGUGGUCAGGCUGCUAACCGGCCUCGACGCGCAGCAGAGGUCUAUCAUCAUGGGGCCCGCCUCAUUUUCCCUCUAUUCUUUACUAUCCGAGGUUUCUUUAGAUUCCGAUUCGUCCUCCAAUACUUCCGUUCUUUUCCUGAAGCAGUUGGCUGACUGUGCCGUGACAGGUCAGCAGAAAAUGAUCGCAUUUCACCAACUGGGCUGUGUCCAUCUAAUGAGAAAAGAAUACGAAGAGGCUGAAAGGCUUUUCGAAGCAGCCUUAACUGAAGGCCACAUCUAUUCCGUUUCGGGCCUGGCCCGAAUAGCUGGCUUCAUUAGAGGCCGUAAAGACUGGGCCCACGAGAAAAUCACGUCCGUAAUAAUAACAACCUCUUGCGCUCCACCGCUCGGGUGGAUGCAUCAGGAGCGUUCGUUGUACUGUGAUGAUGAUGAUAAUAAGUUUGAGGAGCUUGAUCGGGCUAGUGAGCUGGACCCCACUUUGACCUACCCCUACAUGUAUCGGGCCGCGUUUUUUAUGAGGAAGCAUGACGUGCAGUCGGCACUCGAUGAGAUUAACCGGGUGCUCGGUUUUAAGCUGGCCUUGGAAUGUUUGGAGCUUCGGUUUUGUUUCUACUUGGCGCUCGAGGAUUAUCAGUCGGCUUUAUGUGAUGUUCAGGCGAUACUCACGUUGUGUCCCGGUUAUAGGAUGCUCGGAGGGCGAGUUGCGGCCAAGCAGCUUCGUUUGCUUGUACGGGAGCAUGUGGAGAAGUGGACUACGGCGGAUUGUUGGCUGCAGCUUUAUGAUAAGUGGUCUUUGGUGGAUGAUAUUGGUUCGUUGUCUGUUAUAUAUCAGAUGCUGGAAUCAGAUGCGGCUAAAGGAGUACUUUACUUUAGACAGUCGUUGUUGCUUCUCAGACUCAAUUGUCCUGAAGCUGCAAUGAGGAGUUUGCAGCUGGCUCGCCAGCAUGCAUCAAGUGAACCUGAAAGAUUAGUUUACGAGGGAUGGAUAUUAUACGACACUGGUCAUUGUGAAGAAGGGCUACAAAAAGCUGAGGAGUCUAUUAAUCUCCAGAGGUCCUUUGAAGCUUUUUUCUUGAAAGCCUAUGCUUUAGCCGACUCCAGUCAGGAUCCAUCUUGUUCGUCUACUGUUGUCUCUCUUCUUGAAGAAGCUUUGAAGUGCCCUUCGGAUAGACUUCGCAAAGGCCAGGCCCUGAACAAUCUCGGUAGUGUAUAUGUCGACUGUGGAAAGCUAGACGCUGCAGCCGAUUGCUACAUCAAUGCCCUCAAAAUACGGCACACGCGGGCCCACCAGGGCCUGGCCCGUGUCCACUUCCUAAGAAAUGAUAAAAAUGCAGCAUACGCUGAGAUGACUAAACUGAUCGAGAAGGCAAGAAAUAAUGCAUCUGCUUACGAAAAGAGGUCAGAGUAUUGUGAGCGUGACCUCACAAAGGCGGAUCUUGAGAUGGUCACUCGUCUUGAUCCUCUUCGAGUUUAUCCGUAUAGAUAUCGAGCUGCAGUGUUGAUGGAUAACCACAAGGAGAAAGAAGCCAUUGCUGAGCUGUCGAGAGCUAUAGCAUUCAAAGCCGAUCUUCAUCUUCUCCACUUGCGAGCUGCAUUCCACGAGCACAUUGGUGAUGUCAUGGGAGCCUUGAGAGACUGCCGAGCUGCACUCUCGGUUGACCCUAACCACCAAGAAAUGUUAGAGCUUCAUAGCCGAGUCAACACGCACGAGCCUUGAUAUGAGGCUCGUUUGUCAAGAGGAAAAAAUAGGUGAAGAGAAAAAAAAAAGAUGGUUUAGGUAGAAUUUGCCAGAAAUUUUGGAAAGUAAAUUAUGUGAAAAUUAUUUUGAAGGAAAAAAAAAAUCAUGAAACUUGUAGGUUUGAUAGCAGUGUGUGUGCCCUUCUUAAUGUCGCUUGAAAAACCUCUGUAUCAUCUUGUUUUUCUCUUCUUCCUCUUUUGCUUAUCUGGGUUUUGUACAACAUUUGAUAUUUUUUGUCAAUAUAAAUAAGCUUUUGUUGUUAGAUUAAA